GAGGACAGCCGCAUGAACCUGUUUUCCGAUGCCGGUGGAGCCUUUGCUCGCCGGUGUCGGGAUGAAUCUAAUCAUCCCUCAUUCUCUUGUGUCUGUUACGCUUUUCGCAAACUUUUGUAACCUUUCCGACCACCACAUCACUUUUCCUUUGCUUUGGUUUAUGGUGGUCGGAGAUCAUUUUAUCAAGCUUUCCAGAACCCUAUCUCCCAGCUGGUCAUCUAAUCUGCUAGAUGCUUGCGAUGAAACUUACCCCGCUUUCUUAUUGGCGAGAUCCCUCAAAGCCAAAAUUGCAAAAAUGCUUGAAUUCGGGCUUAAUAUUUCACCUGCGUCUAGAUCCAUGGAGUCUUGUUGGAUCGCGAGCCUCGUCGACCACCGAUCUCACUGGAAUUUAGCAACGCUCGAACCGAAGAUGAAGAUGGCGGCGGAAGGGUUAACCCUAAUCCAUCAAUCCCUUUCCGUCUUGGUUCCCGUCACUCUCUCCAAUUGGUACCGCAGUUCGUCGCCUUUGUCUUCUCCGGUGCCACAACCUCUGGCGAUGUCUCUUUCAACUCCGAUCAUCUGCUCGCCGUCGCCCAGCCGCCACACACAACGCCUCAUCGCCCCUGUCAAAAAACUAGGGAUUUCGGUUCUGGGCUUUUCCCUUUACGGCCCAUUAUGUCUUCCCUCUUGGCACUUUCAGGUGUUUGGCCCAAUAAAGUGUUUCUGCAAAAGCCCAGGUCUAAUCAAAACUCUUCUUUGUCCAUUUUUAGCAAGUAUUGGUGUCGAUUCAUGGAACCAGUUGUUCAAGGAUAACAAUUAGAACAUAGUCGACCAUUGUUGCUUUGUUGGUACAAUUGUUACUUGAGAGCUCUGCCUUUAGAAUCAUCUAGGGAGAAUAUUCAUAAA